CCGGCAACAAUCGGGUUUGUGAACGGCAGGGCGAAGGUGGGGCUUUCGCAGGGCGAUCUCGAGGCCCUGGCCCGGCCAGGAGAAAAGUAUAAGGUGUCCCGCAGAGACAUUCCGUACGUGAUGGCUCGGCAGCUUACUGGCGGAACGACGAUCGCUGCGACGAUGAUUCUUGCCCAUCGCGCGGGAAUCGACGUGUUUGCCACAGGAGGACUCGGCGGCGUGUCGCGGCCGUUCGAGUUGAUGGACGUGAGCGCCGAUCUGGAUGAGCUUUCCAAGACCCCCGUUGCUGUGGUCUGUUCCGGGCCCAAAUCCAUUCUGGACGUUGCACGCACGAUGGAGUAUCUGGAGACCAAGGGCGUGCCCGUGGCCACUCUGGCAGAUGGUCCGAAGACGCUGAACGUGCCAGGAUUCUACACUAGAGACUCCGGCGUGGCUUCUCCGUUUGUUCUGGAGAACACGCUCGAGGCGGCACGGCUGGUGCACAGCGGCAAGGACGGGAUGCGGCUGGAGAACGGCUACGUCUUUUGCGUGCCGCCGCCGGCAGACAUCGCGCUUCCGGCAGAAUACAUCAACCGGGUCAUUGCGCAGACGCAGCAGGAGGCAGAACAACUUGGUGUUUCGGGCAAGCAGCUGACGCCUUUUAUGCUCGGCCGCAUCAACGAGAAGACGGACGGGCUGAGCGUGAAAUGCAACAUUGAGUUUGUGCGCAACAACGCAGUGGUGGGGUCGAAAAUCGCCGCCGAGCUUGCGCAGCUGCGCAGCUCGUUGCAACCAGUACACCAGCCGUCCAAGAAUCCGGCCCCAAAACCGGCCCAGGAAACGACUCGAAAGCCCGCCAGAGCCGUUGUCGUCGGGUCUGUGGCGCUGGACUCCACCAGCACGGUCAGCACCGUCCGAUUCCAGGACUCGUGUCCCGGCAAAACAGAGUACUCUGUUGGCGGGGUCGGCUUCAACGUGGCUCUUGCGGCCGCGGCCGUGGGCGGCCCUCAACACGUGGCGCUGGUCUCUGGCCUGAACCAAGCAGACUUUGCCGGUAAAACGGUCAUGGCUGCUUUUGCCGAACGCGGACUCAGAACAGACGGGCUCAUUCACCUUGCCGGCCGCACCGCGCAGUACACCUCAGUCCACGACCACCGCGGAGAUCUCGUCAUCGCGUGUGCCGACAUGGCGAUUGUGGAGCAGCUUGCUCCGCAGCAUGUUGUCGCCAAGCUUGAGCAGCUGGACCCGAAUUACGUGCUCAUGGACACCAACGUGUCGGAGGCGGUGAUGGAUGCGGUUUUCGAUAGCUGCAACGGCGCGACGCGGCUGCUGGUCGAGCCUACGAGCGGAACAAAGGCUCGGAAACUUGCACAAACCACAAGGCUGGGCUGUUUCCCUGAAAAUAGAGUCCAUCUGAUCACCCCAACGGUUUUGGAGCUAGAAUCGCUCUACAACGCUUUCUACGCUGCCGGCCGGUUCGAAGCGGUCUCGUCCUGGUUCAACGUUCUGGACUCGCUCAACAUCAACUCUGCGCUGCGGAACAGGCUUGAAAAACAACCGAUGGCCAGACAGUACCUCGAGAAAGGCGUGCUCCAGCAGGCGUUCCAGCUGCUACCCUACUUCCCUGCUAUUUUGGUGAAGGACGGGCGCAACGGCGUGGUGCUGGUGGAAAUCGUGGGAUCUGAGACGGCAGAGGACGCGCAGAGUGCCGCGUUCAGCGUGCUCCACCGCGGGCGCAACGGUCUCGGCCUGCUUGUGAGCCACUACCCUGCGCAAAAAAUAGAGGAACACUCGAUAAAAAGCGUCACCGGCGCGGGCGACAGCCUGGCGGGAUAUUUGCUCGCCAGACUCGCGCAAACACGCGCGCUGCCUUUUGCAGCGGAGCGUGGCGCUCUUGUGCACGGCGCUCAGCGCGCCGCCGUCGCAAGCUUGCAGACCACCCAGGCUGUGAACUACGGAGCUCUGGCGAGGGAGAUUACGUAAGCACACGAGUCACGAAAUACAGUAAAUAUUUGGUAUUUUCGCUAGCAGAAAACCAC